AACUUCAAAGAGGGCACUUCAGGAUUUUUUUGGGACAAAGCUAGCUGUCCAGUUCAAAGCUAAGUCACCUUUCAACGAGGACAUUCUGUGCAUUAUGUACACUUUCAUUCUGUUCACCUUAUUUUUCAUUGCCUGAAGCAAAGAGAAACCUGUAGUCUGAAGCAUCAUUCAUGGUUUUUCAUCGAUCUUUCUUCUUAGCUGAUUUUAUAUUCUGUAAAGCAGUUUGUGUUACAAAUGUAUAAAAGGGAUUUAUAAAAGUGUUUGAUUUGAUUUGAUUUAUAACUUCUGAUCUUCACUCUUUUUUGAUGUUUAAGGUGUCAGAUGAGCGUAGAUGGAACGGAGGAACAGGAAGUGUUGGAAACCACAGAUCUGUGAUGUCAUGGAAUGCCCCCCACUCUGGUUCAAGUACAUAAAAUGUUGAGGAAACAGCAGAGUAAAGUGUGAUCGUCAGUAACAGAAAUGGAAGUCAUACUACACUUGAGUGUCUUCUUGCUGCUUGUAAAGGUUUCAGCUGCUGCAUUGGACCAUGUGACAGUGGUGGAGGGCCACACAGUAACCUUGAACUGCAAUAUGAAUAGUCCUCUAAAGAGGCAUGUGGAAUGGAAGAAUCCAGAUGGAUAUGUUAUUUUCUUUAAUCAUAUCCAAGCAUUAAAGGACAAGAGAUAUUCCAUCAACAGGCUGUCUGAGUCAGAAUUCUCCAUCAGUAUUUCCAAUGUCAAUUUUAAAGACGGAGGCACCUACACGUGCGCAUACUACAACCCCAACACAACUGAGAUGAAAGUGGAGCUGACAGUGUUAGGUCUUCCCAGAAUGACACGCAUAAAGCACAAAGGAACGACUUUGGUUAAAUGCAGUGCUAAGGCAAACCAUCAUCCACCACAGAUCCUUUGGAGUUUUGACUCUGGUCCUGAAUUUAGGGUUUAUGAACAGGUUCGACAAAGAGAUAAAAUGUAUGAAUCCAUUGCAUUUCUGCAAAUGUUGCCUGUAAUGAGAAGAAUCAAGGUGAAAUGCCGCAGUCAACAUCCAGCGGGGCACUCGCAGCUUUUGAUGGACUUUGUCAAGAUUAGACAAAACACAAAAACAACAAUUCCUAUUGGUCCAUCCAAACCUCCAUUUAUGAGGACAACAGCAGCUCAGGACAAGAACAAGAUGUCAUCUGUGCCCAAAGAUCUUUUACAUCAGCGGGUCUCUCAUUGGACAGUAGCGAGUAGGAACUUGCUUAGCAGACUCCCCCCAAGCCCUGGCACAUCUGUAGUCCCUCCUCUCAGUUCUACUACUCUUUUGCCAGAAUCCUCUACGAUCAGCAACAAUGACCUUAGUGAGGCAACAAACUUGACUGGUGGCACAGCUAUAUCUGCUGUUUCUGAGGACAUCAUCCCAUCUAACAGCACAGACAGAAACACAACAGGAAGCUUUAUGAAAAAAGAAAGGCAAAGAAAUUCUAUACUAUUGGUUCUCUUGGUUACCUGUCUGAUCUUUGGCCUGAGUGUUGUAGUAGUUUUUUUUGCUCUCAAGUUGAGGAGAGCCCAUUUUGCCUGGAGGCGAGUUUUUGUUGUUACAGAGAAUGAAGACUCUAAUCCAUCAGAGGAGAGCAGCAAGUCAAAAUCCACCCAGGAAGACAAGAACCUUCAAGGACAAAGACAGAAAGGACACCUCAUUACGGCUUUCACACAGUAUGUUGCUGAGAAACCAACAAAUACAACUUCAGUUCCAAGUACAAGUGCAAUAACAUCACAGAAAACUACAGAAAAGGAUCCGUCUCAAAGCCAAACUGUAAUGGCACCCAAAGGCAUCGUAAAAGAGACUUGUCUUUAACUGGAGCCUGCACCAAGCAUUUUUAUUAGUGACGGCCUCUUUUGUCUAGUGUUUACAUGUGAGCUAUAACUAAUCCAUUUAGUAUUAUUAUGCACACCUUUUAAAAAAAUUGGAUAGCUUUGUUACCAAGCUGCUUUGGUUGAUGAACUUGUUCAAGUUACUGGAAGUUGUUUCCUCCAUGUUCCAUGUGGUAACACGACGACUGUUUAUAUGAACAGAUUAUAAUGACUAAUAAAGACAUUUCUUUGCUGCACUCUUGUGUAAAAUUAA